AUACUAUUGGCUCCGUCAGUGUUCCGAAUAGCUUUAAAGCCUUAACACCAUUUUUCCCUUCAGACUCCAUAUAGACUCCGCUUAAUCAAGAUGGGUUUUCCCUGGUGGCUAUCUCUAUUCAUUUUUUGGCAAUUUGCUGCACCUUCAAUCGCCGAUGAUUACGAUAAUAUCAAUAUGAAUGAGAAUCUUAUAGUUAUUGAUGGGACCGUAAAUGAGGAAACUACAACUACAACUACAACCACAACCACAACCACAACCACAACUCCACCUCCGCCUCCACCACCACCAGGAGCUCCACCUGCUUUUGCAUGGCGAACCACCCUAUUUCCGAAACUAACAUUCCCAACUCGUGCUUAAGAUAGGAACUCCAGAAAGCUUAUAUCUACUCAGAUUUUUUGAAAAUACAAAACAGUUGGCAAUUUCUAUUUGAACAAAGCGAUAAAUAAAUUUGUUGUUUGGUUUCGGGCACAACCA